CUCUCGUUUGCCUGGCUUCCGGUUGCGUUCUCAGUGCUGCUGCUUCUUCCGGCGAAACAAAAGACAGACGGACGCAGCAAGGUCGUUUGCUCAGCAGACGAGAAUUUGGAGUCUCAGUAGUCAGAAAACCCUUUCCAGCCAUGAAGCUCACUCCACUUGCGAUGGGUCAUCAUUGGGGCGAGCUUGCCAAGUUCCGUAACAUUGUUACAUUCCGCCUGUCUCCUUAUGAACUGAAGCCAUUUGGCGGAGUCAUCAGCAAGGGUAUCCCUAAUGUCAUCAGGCGAAUUCGAGGCCAAAUUUUCAGGAUUGCUCCUCCUGCCAUCAUUUCUUACCUCAUCUAUGACUGGGCUGAAGCUGAAAAUGCUCGUCUCUCUCGCAAGAACCCAAAGGAUUAUGAAAAUGAUGUUUAGAUAUGUUAAUUUGGUUUUAAUUUAAUAGCUUUAUCAGAUAUAGAUGUUACAAGUAUGGUGUUGUUUUCACCUGAUCUUUGUCUUCAUUUAAUUAAAUUUGGUGCAACUUAUGAGCUCAUUGGAGAAACACUAUCCUGUCCCAGCAACUGAGCACAAAAUAAAUUACAAUGCUAAACAUU